UGCAGUGAAAUUCGGCGCGAAACCUCCCUGGCCUGGAUUGGUCUGUUCCUUCCAGGUUACGUUUGUUCUGGAAUGCCCCCUGUUCCCGCCCUACUGUGUUGACAAUUGUGCUAUCGGCCCCACCCCCACCCUGGGCAGAGAAGUUACUAUGCCUGAGGUUCACUUUCAUUUUGAUUUUGGAGUCUUCUUGGAACCUUCAGCUUUGGGCUAAGCCCAGGCCCACCUUCAGUGUAACUGCUUCCUCGACUUGUUUUUAUAAUUCUCUGCACUCUUCUACCUGUGAUACCGGAAGCCUUCUUGCUCUAACAUCAAGGCUGAAGUCCAGGGGAAGAGCUGAAGUUUCUGCUGUCUCAUGAACUUAAUGGAGAAUCCCGAUAGUCCAGACUCCAUAGCUGUGGAGUCCAAGAUCAAGACUGAAAAUGAGCCAGAGGAGGGAUCUUCCCAGGGAGUGAAGAUUGAAAGACUUGGCAGUGUGAAUGAUUACUCCUCUCUUUGUGGGAAAUGGGGUGAAAGUGAGAGCCAGGUGAAAAGUGAGGAAGUAAAACAGGAGAGUGAUGUAAGAAAAAUCACCAAAGGCCAGAAGAUUCCAACUAGAGACAAAUGUUAUAACUAUAAGGAAUAUGGAAAAGUCUUCCCUCCCUAUUCAAACUUUUCUGAACAUCAGAAAGUCCAUGCUCUUGAGAAGGCUUAUAAAUGUAGUCAAUGUGGGCAAACAUUUACUCACAAGUCAAGACUUAUUCAACACCAGAGAAUUCAUUCUAGAAAGAAGUGCUAUAAAGGUAAUGACUGUGGGAAAGCCUUUAGUCAGACCUUAACCCAUGCUUCACAUCAGAUGAUUCAUAGUGAAGAGAAACCAUAUAAGUGUAGUGAAUGUGGGAGAUCCUGUCUCAAAAACUCAAUUCUUAUCAGGCACCAGAGAAUUCAUACUGGAGAGAAGCCUUAUAAAUGUCAGGAGUGUGGGAAAGCCUUUACUGAGGUGUCAACACUUAGUGUACAUCAGAGGAUUCAUACUGGAGAGAAGCCUUUUAAGUGUAAUGAUUGUGGGAAAGCCUUCAAUAGAAGUACAACCCUUGUUAGGCAUCAGAAAAUUCAUACUGGAGAGAAGCCCUAUAAAUGUGACAAGUGUGAAAAAGCCUUCACUGGGAGCUCAAACCUUAUUUUACAUCAGAUGGUUCAUACUGGAGAGAAGCCUUAUACAUGUAAUCAAUGUGGGGAAGCCUACACUAAAAACUCAAACCUUGUUAGGCACAUGAGAAUUCAUACUGGAGAGAAGCCUUAUAAAUGUGAGGAGUGUGGGAAAGCUUUCACUGAGAUGUCAAAACUUACAACACAUCAGAAGAUUCAUAGUGGAGAGAAACCUUAUACAUGUAAUAAAUGUGGGAAAGCCUUUACUGGAAAUUCAAACCUUUCAAAACACCAGAAAAUUCAUUCUGGAGAGAAGCCUUAUAAAUGUGCUGAAUGUGGGAAAGCCUUCAGUCAGAGCUCAGUGCUUUGUAGGCAUAUGUUGAUUCAUAGUAGAGAGAAGCCUUAUAAAUGUAAUGAAUGUGGGAAAGCCUAUACUCGAAAGUCAAUCCUUUUCGCUCACCAGAGGAUUCAUACUGGGGAGAAGCCUUAUAAAUGUAAUGAAUGUGGGAAAGCAUUCACUCAAUAUGCAACCCUUUUCAAACAUGGGAGAAUUCAUACUGGAGAGAAGCCUUACAAAUGUAGUGAAUGUGGGAAAUCCUUCACUGAAAAGUCAAGCCUUUUCAUCCACCAGAGAAUUCAUACUGGAGAGAAUCCUUAUAAGUGUAAGGAAUGUGGGAAAGCCUUCCGUAGAACCUCAAGACUUAAUAAACAUCAGAGAAUUCAUACUGAAGAGAAGCUUUAUAAAUGUAACAAGGAAACCAAGGUGGUAGAAGAGAGGCAGCCACCCAAAUGGAACUCUCCCAAAAAACCUUCAAAAUAACAACUCAAAUUUUGAAGCAGCAGAGCCAAGAAAAGCUCAGAGUGAGACAUUUUUUCAUCCUGAGACAUUUUAGGAGGUCAGCUCUUCUUUCCAAGGUGGUAUGAUAAGGGAGAGGUGUGGUCACUGCCCUCUUGGUCUGUGCUCCCUGCUUUACUCAGGAAGGGCCCUAAGCCCCUGCAGUCGCAAUUGCUAGUGCUCCUCUUGGCCCUGGAACUAUGACCCCAUUCCUUGCUCUCCUGCAGCCAUAAGGAUUAGUGCUCCUUGUAGAUCCUUAUUACUGCCCUCCAACUAGCUCUGAAAAUAGUAGCAUUCCUCCCUAAGGAAAAACCCCCAGGAGUAGAUGGAUUGACAAAGGAAUUUAACAAAUAUCUCAACUGUUUCAAAAACUAGGUGAAAAAAGAGCCCUAUCAAAUUCCUUCUAUGACACAAAUAUGGUCUUGAUACUGAAAUCAGAGAAAGCCAAAAUAGAGGGGGGAAAACUAUACAACAAUUUUCCUGAUAAAUACUGAUGCAACUGUUUUAAAUAAAAUGCUAGCAAGGAUACUACAACAACAAGUCCCAAAGAUCAUACACUGUGAUGAAAGUGUUUUUCUACCAGGAACACAGGACUGGAUGAAAACUGUGGAACUACUGAGUUUAAUUGACCAAUGACAAAAACAAAAGCUAGAUUAUUAUUUCAAUAUUAUUCAAUAUUUUACUAGAAAUGCUAGCUACAGCAAUAACAUUAAAAAAAAUUGAAGGAUUCCCUCAAUGCGCAACCCUUUUCAAACAUGGGAGAAUUCAUCCUGGCAAGAAGCCUUACAAAUGUAGUGAAUGUGGGGAAUUCUUCACUGAAAAGUCAACCCUUUUCAUCCACCAGAGGAUUCAUACUGGAGACAAUCCUUAUAAGUGUAAGGAAUGUGGGAAAGCCUUCCGUAGAACCUCAAGACUUAAUACAGGCACCUCCUGUACCCUGCUCUGGAGAUUGCCAACCACAACACUUUCUAGAGGAUAUGGGUCAAUCUAAUCAUAACAUUAGGCCUCCUGGUGAGGAGCUGAUGCAAGAGGAUAUCAGCCUAUCAGAAGUGAUAUAUGUUUAUGUUCAAGAACAGUAACUGCAAAUGCUCUAAAAGAGUUGUUCUGUCUGUCAGUUUUAUCCUUGGCUACUGGGGAGCCUUGGAUCUCAUUUAUUGUCAACUGCUAACUUUGCUAAUAAAUUGAUCAUUC